UUAUGAUUUUCACAACUCAUGUGAAUAAGCACUCAAAACAAAGUCUUGUGUGUAGUGUAUGUGUUGUGUCUGUGAACAGACUGCCAGAGACACUGAAGAGAGUUAUAUUAGAAAAAGAGAGAGAAAAAAGAGAAACACAAAUACAAGUCAUCUCUGGUAUAGUUUUGUUGUCGAUUUUCUGUAGUAGUAGUGGUGUUGUUGAUGAUAGUGUCAGUAUUAUUAUUAUUAUUAUUAUUAUUACUGUUGAAAGUGGUGAUCGACAAUAACAACUACAGACAGUGUGUGUGUGUUUGGUUAUGAAACAGAUCGGCAACAAUGAGAGGACCCUAUUAUAUAACAAUUAUGGAUCAUCUUUAUGACCAUUUAAAGUCAAUCAAGAGCUUCCUUAUUAUGAGAUCUAACAACCAUUAGGUAUGGGGUUAUAGUAGUGGUAGUAGUAGUUGUUGUUGCUGUUGAUGAUUGCGGUGCAGAUCUGAUUGUUGUUUGUCGUUGAYUAUAAUAUUUUUUUAGCGACAACUCUACCAUAAAAAAAAAGACCAACAGAAAUGCGUCGAAAGAGACGACAACUGCUGCGCUCAAGAAUUGACUGAAUAAUUGAUUGAUUAAUUAAUUUAAUUUAAUUGUGUUUUAUUAAUGCAAACAUUUUAGUGUGUUUUUAAAAAAAGUGUUUUAAAAGUGAUAUUUUAACCACAAGUUUGUCAUCAUUUGAAUUUUGGUAAUGCGUUKGCAAGUUAUUUGCAGCUAUGAUGUCAAACGACAAACAUUUAAUACUAUAUAAGAGAUACCGAUUUCGGUAGAGAAAAAAAAGAGUUUUAGCGGACACACAAUCCUAGGAUUAAGUGAUCCACUGCUGCUUCCAAUGCUGUUAAUUAACGGACAGUCAUUGUUGUCGUCAUUAUUGCCGUGUCCUAAGUCAUUGUCAUCGUCACUGUCAUCGCCGUUAGCUGUCAUCAAAUUACUAUCACUCGUCAUAUUUAUUAUACUUCAUAGCAAUCAUGUUAUUAGUGAGACAAUCGCCGACGAGAACGCCGUCGAUACGUUAGUGACAACCGGCCCAAUCGAUGGCCAAUUACCGACAGUACAAUCACUGCAAGACAACGAUGAAGAGGAACCAAUUGUCGACCCGACGGUGGCCUCGAUUAGUGACACAGAGUCUAGUUUUUCAUUUACCCGUCARUCAUAUAAUGUGUCGAUACCGGAGAACUCGUUCGGCAAAGUAUACGCUACAUCCCACCAGAAGAUUGGUAUUUACAUCACAGAUCCAGCGCUUGUUGUCCGGUUUAAGAUAGUGGGCGGCGAUUAUGACAAGAUAUUCAAAGCCGAAGCCCGACAUGUCGGCGAUUUUUAUUUUCUACUUAUAAGACUGCGCUCAGGCUUUACAAAUGUCCUCAACAGGGAAUACCGUUCAUCGUAUGACCUGAGAAUUCGGGCCACAAUAACAUCUCUACGUAAUGAUGCGCUACGAUUGAAGACCAAGACAAUUGUCAACGUUUUGAUUACCGAUCGCAACGAUUUAUCGCCAUUUUUCUAUCCGGAGAACUAUGCGGUCACUGUUAACGAAGAUAUACCUAUCGAUAGUAGUAUUGUUAGAGUAUCGGCUGUUGAUCCAGACAUUGGACUCAACGGCGAAAUAUAUUAUAGUCUUUUAGAUGAAUCGUUGACGUUUGCAAUACACCCGACAAUGGGAAUCCUAUCAGCUACCCGUCCGCUCACACUAUCGGCCGACAGAAAUCAUCCUCAUGUUCAUCAUUUGACGGUAGUGGCCAAAGACAGGGGCAUUCAUCACUCGGAUCAAGUGUUAGAGACAUCGAAAGCCAAAGUGGCCAUUACUGUACUGUCGGUCAACAGACAUGUGCCCCGAAUAACUGUCAAACAACACAGCGCACURUCGACCCGAUUGCCACUGAACCCAAUCUAUGCCGUGGUUCAUGUGACCGACGACGACUCGGGUAUUUACGGCGAAAUAUGUCACGUCAGUAUUGUUGAUGGCGAUGAUAGACAUCUGUUUAUGAUAAGCAACUCCUCGUCAAACGACUAUAACAUAGAACUGAUGAGGCCUUACCUCAAUGAAAGUGCCACCACUUCAGUGUCAGUAUUUCAUUUGAUUAUAAAAGCCAUCGAUUGCGGCGGCGGUUUCUCCACACAACCGAUUGUCGUGACUCUGGACAGUGCCAAACAUGGAUCACCAAAGUUUGAUUCCGAUUACUAUUACAGCGAAAUUCAUGAAAUGUCUUUAGUGGGCACACAAGUGAUAAAAUUGACGGCAACUAUCGUCGGCAGYCAAAAGCAGAGUAUGACAGCUAAUCUGAGAUAUAAUAUUCUUGACGGCAACUCUGACCAAAUGUUUGGCAUUACGGCCAACGGUGUUGUGUUCAUAAGGGAACCAUUAGACAGAGAGACACAAUCCAAGUAUAUGUUGGUGAUCGGCGCUCAGAUAGACUCGACCCGAGUAACCAAAACUCAUCUGCACAUCGAUGUUAUGGACGACAACGACAACUAUCCUGUGUUUAACAUCGAAAAGACUCAGAUCUCUGUUGCCAUCAACGAAAACAAACCGAACGGCAGCUCAGUAUUUCGCGUCACUGCCAGCGAUCUCGACUCGGGUGACAACGGUCUGGUCACUUACGAGUUAACUUCACCAAUUGGUCAAUCCAUMCCAUUCACAAUAGAUCAUUCCACGGGUGAGAUUAGAUCCACCCGAACACUAGACUACGAGUCUGGUGCCCAUCACUAUCAGCUACUUAUUCGGGCGUCCGAUAUGGGCGAACCAUUUCGUCGACAGUCGCAGAUUGCGUUGAAUUUGACACUGAAAGACGUGAACGAUCAUCGACCACAGUUUGAGAAGAACAACUGCACGGCCAACAUUCCCGUCGCCACUAAGCCGUGGACCGAAAUCAUGACAUUUUCGGCCAUCGAUCUCGACGAGGGAAGCGUUGUCUUGUAUAAGAUGUUUACACCAGCGGCUGACAAAUGUUUUAAUCUGAAUGAAAAUACCGGUAUUUUGCGACUAACAUGCAAUCUAAAGGACGAAUUGGCGAAAGACUUGUUGGGUGCACGCAAUUGGACGCUCGCGAUCUCAGCUACUGAUGGCCACUAUUUUUCCGACACCUCCUAUGUUCGGGUUAUAGUUGUUGACGAUAAUGACAGCGCUUCUAACACCAAAAAACCUGUGAAAAAUCACAUCAGAGUCGAGUGUAACGAUUUAGCCGUUGCACAGAAGUUGACAGCAUUUAUGAUUCAACGACAACAACAGCAACAGGAAAACGACAUACAAUAUGACUCAAUUGAUAACAAUUUUAUUAUUGAUGGCGACGAAGAACUCGAUUUAAUUCACAGCAAACGAAAGAAUCGGAGGCCAGAGUUUGAUCCAAACGCACCCAAAGAAAUCUAUAUCGCGGAGAACACGGAAAAAGGUGCGAAAAUAACAACAUUAAAAGCCGAUGAUCCGGACCAUGGCUUCGAUGGUUUUGUCAUAUAUUCACUGAAUCUUCACGACCGACACAACCGCAGUCACUACAGUCACGACGUGGUCUUUAACAUCGAUCAGCUCACGGGUGAUCUCUAUGUGAUCGACACAUUGGACUACGAAAAACACUCUAAAUAUAAACUACACAUUUCUGCCUGUGAUUUGGCCAAAGAACAGCUCUGUGCUAAUCACACCAUUGUUGUGGUCAUUGAAGAUGUUAACGAUAACAGUCCUCUGGUCGACAACUUUGUGUUUAAUGUGUCCGAAUCGGCGUCUAAGGGCUACAUAAUCGGUCAGAUUUAUGCCACCGAUGAAGACUACGGCAAUAAUGCUUUGCUUCACUAUUCUCUGAAAGGAUAUGAAGAGCUGUUCGCUAUGAAUGCAAAAAACGGAACGUUGACUCUUGAAAACGGUUUGGACAGAGAAGAGAUCGAUAAAUACAUACUGUAUGUUACCGUUCAUGACUCGGGUAGUCCAUCACUGACAUCAACGGCAACGGUGAUCAUUCACGUUGACGAUGUCAACGACAAUCCGCCAAAUUUUUAUGAGAGUUCAUAUGUGGUCAAAGUUCGCGAGGAUAUGCCGAUUGGCUCACGUAUUAUGAAGAUAUCAGCCUUCGAUGGUGAUGAGGGAAAGUCCGGUCAAAUACAUUACACGAUUGAUAGCCAAAAGUUUUCAAUCGACGAAAUUACGGGUAAUAUUCGCAUUCGGGAACAGUUGGACUUCGAACAGAUGCAGAUCUACAACAUUACGGUCACCGCCAGAGAUGAUGGCGAGCCGUCGUUAUCGUCGUUGGCUUCUAUUGUAGUAGAAGUAGAAGAUGUCAACGAAAACUAUUAUCCACCGAAAUUUCCCGAUAUUGUAGCCACCGCUUCGGUGAGAGAGAACCUACCAAUCGGUACGUUUGUAACACAAGUGAAGGCUGUCGACGAAGACAGUGAUCUGCCUGUGAUUUAUCAGAUUGUCGGUGGCGACGGUUUGGGCCGUUUCUCGAUCGAUAAUAACGGCAAUAUCUACACGACAGUCGUACUUGACUGCGAAACCUAUCCACACCAUUGGCUGACAAUUGUGGCUAAAGAUCGAGCAGCUGUUCCGUUGACCGCAUAUUUAGAACUGUUCAUAUCGGUUGAAAAUGAAAAUGAUUUACCGCCGCUGACCACCGAAACGUUUUACUACACUCGCAUUCUGGAGAACGCAUCCGUUGGUACACAUCUGGUCAAAGUCGAGGCCAAUGAUCCGGAUCUGAAUUCCGAAACUGAUACCAAAAUCCGAUUUCGAAUUCUAAAUGACGUGCCUUUCAGUAUUGAUGACAACGGUUUGAUUGAGUUGAAGAGCAAAUUGGACAGAGAAUCGCAAUCACGUUAUGUAAUAGACCUAGAGGUCAGUGAAGAGCACAACACAGACACCAAUGCCGUUGUGGCCACUAUGAUGUCGCGAACACCCGUUAUUGUCAACGUAAUCGACGUCAACGAGUUUGAACCGAAAGCUAUACAAUCCAUAUACAGAUGUCAGGCCUAUAAUGACAUCUCACAGAAGACACCGGUUUGUCAGAUCGUUGCCAUAGAUAAGGACGACGAUGAAAACUGUGUCCUCCAGUAUAAGAUAAUUGAGGGAAACGAUUACAACUGGUUUUCCAUUGACUCCUAUAGUGGAGCCAUAUAUACGGCCAAAGAUGGCAUUCCGAAAGGAGAGUACGACUACAUUAUAUCGGUGUCCGAUUGCGGACAACCGCGUCGGUCAUCACAGGUUCGACUAAUUUUACGAAUUCUUUCGGCGAACAAAGAUCGCAAAGACAACAAACAGCCAACGAUCGAGAUGUUGGACACCGAGGUGUCGAUCAGCGAACGCGAACCCGUUAGCUAUGCGGUCACUUUAAUUAAAGCUUUCGAUGAGGACAACGACCGACUCUGUUAUCACAUACUCGAUGGCAAUACUGGAAACACGUUUGCCUUCAAAGAUGGCGGAGCACUGAUUGUGGCUAAACCCUUGUCAUACAAAAUGGCCAAUCGUUAUAAUCUUACAAUUUUGAUUACCGACGGUCUCCAGCCUUCUAUUGUCAAUCUGAUUGUCAAUUUGAUCGACGUUUUCGACAGCAAAGUGAUGUUUGUUGAGGACAGUUAUACAGUGAAUGUGUUGGAAAACAUUACGAAAGGCAGUGAUGUUCUUCAGUUGAGUGUCACCGACCGGGACAUUGUUGGCGAUGGUGUCAUAUUCUCCAUCUAUUCAUCCUAUUCGCCCGAAAGUCUCAAAAAGUUUGAAGUGGAGCCGUGGAGUGGAAAGAUUAAAGUCAAGGAACAACUUGAUUACGAGUCGGGCAAACAUCACUUACUAGUCAUUGAAGUGAGUAAUUCGCGGCAAAAAACAACUACUGGACAGCAUAAUCGGUCGUUCGCGAAGGUGUCCAUCAAUAUUAUCGAUGUUAACGACGAAACGCCGACAUUUAUAUUGYCUCAGUUCGAGGCCAGUGUUGUCGAAACGGCAGCUAUCGGUACGUCUGUACUGCUCGUACAGGCCAUUGACAAAGACAUCGGUAAUAAUGCAAAAAUCAAUUACUCGAUAAUCUCGGGAAACGUUGACAAUGUAUUCGAUAUCGACAAAGAUCUCGGUUUCAUAUAUCUCUCAAAACCUUUGAACGCCAGACAACAAUCAGAGUAUUAUUUGGUUAUCAAAGUGACCGACAAGGGUCAGCCACCAUUGGCCAGCACUGCCAACGUUCACAUAUCGGUCACAAUUCCCGAUAACUCACCGCCAAAGUUUGAGGAUAAACACUAUACCAUCGAUGUAAACGAAAAUGAAAAGAUCGGAACCGUUAUCAUUGCGCUGAAGGCUGCGAACAGACAGUCGCUGUACUUCGAGAUAGUUAGCGGUAAUACUGACAACAAGUUUGCCAUAAAUGUUAACAAUGGAGAGGUUUGGGUUAGAGAUGUAUUGGACUACGAAACCAAACAGAACUAUACGCUAACAGUUUCGGCCACCAGUUUGUCGCGUAUUAAUGAUACGACUCAACUGUUUAUUAAUGUCAUUGAUAUCAACGAUUGUGUCCCCUAUUGGACACAAACAACAUUUGUCGGACACAUCCUGGAGUCRGCUUCAGUCGAUAGUAUUAUACUCGACGCCAGCGAUCAGCCACUGGUUGUCAAAGCCAAUGACGACGACUCGAUGCACAACUCAAUACUUAUCUACUCGAUUGUCGAAGAAGUCGGUCGCAAGUAUUUUUCAAUUGAACCUCAAACCGGUGCCAUAACUCUAGCCAAACGUAUCGACUACGAGAAGCACCGGGAGUUAAACUUUACGGUAUCGGUGGCCGACAUGGGAUUUCCCAGUUUAAAGGCCGAGACCACUGCCUUUGUACACAUCGAGUGUCUUCCAGUCAAUGAUUGUCCACCUGUUCUGUCACUCACUCACUAUCACUCAACAGUAUUGCUUCCCACUUAUAAGGAUGUGAUUAUCACAAAGAUAUCGGCCACCGAUUGUGACUUUGGCCGACACGACGAAACUCACGACCACUUUGUGUUCAGUUUGACGCCAAUCACACAGUCUUCCGAAAAGAAGUUUGCGAUAAACUCGACCUCAGGUUUGAUUACGACAAUGGAUGAGAAGCUCACCGAUGGUGUAUACGAAAUGGUUGUUUCGGUAUUCGACGGCAAAUUUACCACCGAAGCCAAAGUAACCAUUACUGCUGAACCUAUACCACGCAGUUCGUUGCGCUUCACACAAGACAAGUUUGUCGGACAAAUCGCUGAAAAUACCGUUUCAGUUAAGACAAUACUCAUGCCGACCAUCGAAGGCCACAAACUCAACGAACACUUGUCAUUCCGUAUCCUAACUCCCACUCACUUGUUCCGUAUCGCUCGGACCUCAGGUGCGAUACUAUCACGCGGUAUACCCAUUGACAGGGAGGAGAAGUCGCGCUUUGAACUUGUUAUUGAAGUCAAAUCGAUGUUUGUUAAGACGCGAGUGGCGCACGUAUUGGUGAUUAUCAACGUGGAGGACGUCAACGACAACAAACCACUGUUUGUAGGACAGCCCUACUAUUUUGUAUUCAACACUGAUUUCCCGGUUGGCACCCAAAUUGGUAAAGUUCAAGCAAUAGAUCUGGACGUCGGCUACAACGGAAUGGUCAGUUACUCGAUAGUGUCGGGCGAUCCGAACAAACUGUUUGCAAUAAGCAGCGAUUUGGGACACAUUUCGAUGGCCCGAUCGGCCAAUCCGGCCAACGAUGCGCUCAGUUAUAAUCUACUUAUAUCUGCCAAAGAUUCGGGAACAGUAGCCCAACAAUCGUUUGCCAACAUUACCGUUAAGAUGGUAUCCGGRGGAAUGCCUCUAUUCAAACAACAGUAUUAUGCAAUAUCAGUGAUCGAGAGUCACCCGCCGGCGGUUCCCUUUCUCACAGUCAAUGCCGACAGUUCUCACGGAAGACAACUUAUAUAUAGUAUUAUUGCCGGCAAUGAUAACGAAGAGUUUUCACUAGAUUUUAAUUCAGAUCCGACGAUUAGUAGCGGUUUAUGUAUGAUAUCGGUUAUCGAGAAACUGGAUCGCGAGUCUAUCAGUCAAUACAAUCUAAUCAUUUCGGGUACCGAUUCAGUGUCCGGUGUCAGCGCUACCGUUCCACUUGUUAUAACAGUGGACGACGCCAAUGACAACCCACCGAUGUUUACCAAAUUUUCGUACAACGUUUCCAUAUCGGAAUCUGCGCCCAUCGGAGCACCUGUGGUUAAAGUUAGUGCUACCGAUGCUGACACUGGACUUAAUGCUAAACUUCAAUAUCAAAUAUUGGGCAACAAAUCACACUUUUACGUCGCGCCCGACGAUGGAAAUAUCUAUCUGAAGAUACCACUCGAUCACGAGACUGAACGACUACACCAUCUGACGGUUAUGGCCACAGAUUACGGCUCACCGGUGCUAACAUCCACUGCUCACGUGUGGAUUGAAGUACUCGAUGUUAAUGACAACAAACCGAUUGUCGCGCCGACAUUUGCGGCCACCAUUGAGGACAACAUCGAAAAGGGCGAGUUUGUCACCCGAAUUGUAGCCAAUGAUCCUGAUUCGGGUGAUAUAAACAAAUUGAGAUAUCGAAUAUUGUCGGGCAACGAGUAUUUGAUUUUUGCAAUAAACGACACGUCAGGUGUCGUAACCGUAGGAAAUCUUAACUCACGGAAACACAAAAAGGUGGCCAAAAAUUAUUUUCUAAAUAUAUCGGUCACCGAUGGUGUCUAUUCGGCCACAACUAGUCUCACCGUUACUGUAAAGCCGGCAAACAAUAACUCGCCGAAGUUUACUCGUAUAUUCAACAAUGUAGCCAUUAGUGAACUGACGGCCACCGACUCAUCCAUUGCACAGUUGACGGCCGUUGACAGAGACGAUGGCAUCUAUGGUCGCAUCAAUUACCAUAUUAUCAAUGAAAAUGUCAAACGAUAUUUCACUGUUGAUCCGGAUUCUGGAACCGUGAGUCUGCGAUCGCCGUUAGACCGCGAGUUGGGUCACCGAUUGUUCUGGUUAACAGUGGCCGCACAGGACGGCGGCAAACGCAUUGGUUUAUCCAGUCUUCGGGUCGCAAUCACCGACGAGAACGACAAUAGUCCGCAUUUUAUUGUUGAUGAAUACAAGACAUCAAUUUGUGCCAACUCUCCCGUCGGCGUUACAGUCCUGCCGGUGAUGGCAGUAGACGACGACGAUUACGCCGAAAACACUGUCAUUCGGUACUCGAUAUAUGAGUCGCAGAACACUACCCGACCGUCGGGUAACAUAUUGGAGAUGUUUGGCAUCACCGCCGACACCGGACAUGUUUACACCAAAAAGAAUCUCAGCUCUAAUGUCGGCGAUAUGAUCCAGUUUUUCAUCAAAGCCACUGAUGGCAGUAGUCGUAAGACAACAAAAGCACUGGAAGAUGUAGUACCGGUUAGCAUACAGAUUACCGGUUCGUGCGGUUUCGUCAAACGCCAGACCUCUGUGUACGAGAUAUUUGUCGACGAAAAUACCGAACGCGGAACUGUCAUCGCAAAUGUCAAUUUGGCCGGACUUCGGGACGUGGAACUGGUCAUCAUUGGGUUUGGCGACAAAGCCGAUGCCACCAAAUUCCGUAUCGACAAACAGGGACGCAUACAUCUGACGGAACAAUUGGAUCGCGAACAACGAUCCAAACAUAUGUUGACCGUCGAGUUGAAAGAUAAGCAAUCAUUUGGGACCAGUUAUCUGAAUAUAUUGAUCAACGUUAUGGACCAAAACGAUUGUGUGCCUUACUUUGACUCACCAUCAUAUAGUGUGGUUGUAUCCGAGGACCAGGAGAUUGGGUCGUCUAUAAUGAAAGCGCACGCAAUUGACGCCGACGUCGAUGUAUCCAAUAGUGUAUUAAAGUAUACGCUUAAAGACAAUAUUAACGAAAUGUUUUCCAUCGAUGAGAACACCGGUUGGAUAACACUUAACAAACGAUUGGACAGGGAGUCAACGGUUAUACAUAAUCUGACUAUUGUGGUAACAGACGGAAAAUUCUAUAACUCAACUGCUUUUAAUGUUGUGGUCUAUGAUGUCAACGAUAAUCAACCCAUUGUGAAGAAGUCAUAUAUGGCAUCCAUCUAUGAGAACAGUCCCAUUGGAACUAUCAUUGUGUCCAUCGAUGCCGUAGAUUACGAUCAGAAUUCAGAACUCAGUUUCUUUAUAUUAAGUGGUGAUCCAUACAAUCAGUUUGAAAUCGGUAACGACGGCGAGAUAUCUAUCAGUAAACUGUUGGACAGAGAAUCUAUCGACCGAUACCUGUUGGAAGUGAUUGUCAGUGACGGCAAAUAUACGUCGAAAACAAUGGUCACAAUAGAUAUACUGGACGUCAAUGAUAACGGACCCAUUUGUCUUAAGUCGAAGUACGUUGAAUUAGUUAGCGAAGCGGUUCCCGUCGGUACUUAUAUAUUAACAGUUGAGGCCACGGAUGUCGAUGAUGGAGACAACGCUAAGCUAUAUUACUUUAUUUCGGGCGGCGAUGCGGACAAGUAUUUCACGAUUGAUCCACAGACAGGACACUUGAAGACUAAAACACUGUUAGACAGAGAGACGCGACCGUCUUAUCAGUUUGAAGUGCAUAUCAGUGACGAUAAACGACGUGACUGGAGCUGUAAGACGGAAGUGGAAAUUCUUUUGAGUGAUGUGAACGACGAGUCGCCGAAGUUUUCCAACGGAUAUUAUACGGUUAAUGUUCCCGAAGACUCGACAGUCGGUAUAAUUGUAGGAAAAGUGACGGCAACUGAUGCCGAUCUCGGUAUCAACAGACGGGUCAGGUAUUCGUUAGAGACUAAAGUGGAUGAGUUCGAGAUAGAUGAGCGCAGUGGUAUCGUACGGUUAGCCAAACUGUUAGACAGGGAGACACUGUCGACGUACAAUCUGACCGUCAAAGCCUACGAUUCGGGCGCUUCUCAACUCUUCACUACUGCACAGUUCAUUGUUAGUGUUAUGGACAUCAACGACAACGCACCCGAGUUUGAGAUGCAAUCUUAUUUGGCGAAUGUCACCGAAAGUUCGUCGAUCGGUGAAGAAGUUUUGCGAGUAUACGCCACCAGCAAAGACACGGGAAUUAACGCCGAAAUUAAGUAUCACUUACUCAGUGGUAACGAAAACGGCAGCUUUUCUAUCCACCCAAAAUCGGGCAUCAUUUCGGUGUCCAAAUCAUUAGAUUACGAGUCAGUUCGCGAAUACUUUAUGAUUGUCAGAGCCGAAGACGGAGGAAUACCGUCGCUGUCAAGUGAAGCGCACGUCACCAUUAAUAUCAGAGAUGUCAACGAUAUGAGUCCACAGUUUGUUCAGCGAACCUAUGAUAUUGUUAUACGAGAGGAUUCGCUAGUCGGCGACCGAAUCAUCCAAUUGGUUGCCAUCGAUGGAGAUUCACCCGAAAAUGCUAAUCUUAGCUAUUCUUUCACCGGAGGUUCUCUCACUUACAAAGAGUUUGAAAUUGAUCCCAUUUCUGGUAUUAUAACUGUUGGCAAACAAUUGGAUCGCGAGAUGAUUUCAUCCUAUAUUCUGGAAGCCAUAUGUAAUGACAACGGAAAACCAAAACCGCUAUCGAGUUCUGUCUUUGUUAACAUCGAGAUCUCUGACGCCAACGAUAAUCCACCGGUUUUUGACAAAAUCAAUUACACACUAUAUGUCCAGGAGGGCCGAUCUAUUGGCCAUUCACUUAUCAACUUUAACAUACAAGACGCAGACAGUUCCGCCAAUUCGGGACCGUUUAGUUUGAAGAUAAUAUCUGAAGAUUACAACAACAGUUUUAGUUUGGCUAACGAAGACUCGUCGUUGCGAACAAAUGCAGUAUUUAAUCAUACAUUACAAGCAAAUUAUUCGCUGACCAUUCAGGCAACCGAUUCUGGAACUCCUGCUCUUUCGACUAAUACUAGUGUCCAUAUAUUUGUGACACAAGAGCCACGAAUCCCACCACAAUUAGUACCACUGUCUGUGUCGGUCAACUCGAUGGAACAGUUUCCCGGCGGUAUCGUUGGACAGGUGACCGCUACCGAUGACGACCCGUUUGACAAAUUGAGUUACUCCAUCACCAAUGAGGACGACAAACACUUGUUCUCUAUUGAUCUGACGGACGGCACAUUAGUAGCCUUUCCCGGACUGGACGCAGGAAAAUAUAAGAUCAACGUUACGGUCAGCGACGGCAAGUACUUUACGUAUGGUUUGAUUGAUUUAGAAGUGACUGUCAUUUCCGAAGACAUGAUUGAGAACAGUGUUGUCGUUGAGUUGCGAUCGAUAUCAGUGAAAGAGUUUCUUACAAAUUAUAAGAAAACUUUUAUUAGAGUCAUGAAGAAUGUGUUUAACGUCCGAAUGAAAGACAUUGUUAUCGUAAGUAUUCAACCGACAGAUCACAAGAAUCCGAAUAAUCGAUUGCGAAGAAGUCACGAAACACUCGGCGAUAUUAGCGUAUUGUUUGCUGUUUCGCGUACUCGCGGCGGGUAUUACUCGAGACAGUGGAUCAAAAACAAAGUGGCCGAAAGUAAAUCGGGUAUCGAGAAACAGUUGGGUAUAUUGUUGGAGGAUUUUAUAGUGAGAUCCGAGUGCCAGCACUUGAAUUGCAAACACGGCGAAUGUAGGGAUGAUCUGAUUCUCAGCGAAAACGACAUCAUAUCGAUAGUGACAUCGAAGUUGAGUUUUGUGUCGCCAUUUCACGAACACCGAUAUGGCUGUGCCUGUCAUCCAGGAUUUGGUGGAAAGUUAUGUGAAGUCAUUGUGAACGAAUGCGCCCGCAAUCCGUGUCCAUCAUUUAAGGAAUGUCUUCCAGUGUCAUCACCGCUUGGCUAUCUGUGUCAGUGUCCGUUUGGGAAGUCGGGUCCCGGUUGUAAUCAAAAUGCCGAGACGUGUCAUACCAGCGAUCGUGACGUCUCUUUUUGUUACGAAGAACUGAAUCCAAUAUCAUUUCAAGGAAACUCUUACGCGAGAUAUUCGUUCCACAAGAAGGUCGAGAAGAUAUCAUUACGUUUCAAGAGUCAACAGUUGAGAACUAAUAUAUUCACACAAAGUGGCGACAAAUCCUAUAACAUACUCGAGAUCGCCGGCGGAUAUAUUCAAUAUCGAUUUGACUGCGGAAACGGUGAAGGAUUGAUCCGAAUCGAGAAUCUUGUUGUCAGUGAUGGCAAAUGGCAUGAGAUUCUUGUCGAGAGAAAGGGCAAUACGGCAUCGCUAACAUUGGACAGGAAGUAUAGGGGCGGCGGGUUUGCCCCGGGACUGGCCGGAUGUAUUGAUCUCAAUGUGGAUAUGUUUUUUGGCGGUUCGGUAAAACCUCGUUCAAAUGCCAUCGGUGGCGAAGAAAUAACACUCGGCUUUAUUGGCUGUUUCGAUAACAUUUUGAUUAAUGGCCUACAAUUACCGUUACACAUAGCAUCGGUAUCAUCGGCUGCCGUAUUAAAGACAUUGGCAAACGUUGAAUUUAGCUGUAAUUUUAAGCCCGACACCGGUAUCUGCAAAUCGCAACCCUGUCUUAAUGGCGGUACGUGUCAUAACCUAAUCAAUGGUUCCUAUCAGUGCGUGUGUAUUGGUCCCAAAUAUCGGGGCGUCAACUGCGAGAUCGAUAUGAGUCCGUGCGAUUCACUUCCCUGUAUGAACGGUGGUCUCUGUCGACAUGACGAAGCCCUCUGCAAACAAGGAGUGACCAACUGUUACAAAUGCGAGUGCGGCCCCAGCUUUACGGGUAUCAACUGUCAGGUGCCGCGCUUCUGUUCCUCCAAUUUGUGCCAAAAUGGCGGCGUCUGCGAAGAGACCAGUUUGGGACCCAAAUGUCACUGUCAUACUGGUUGGCACGGACUCUACUGUCAGUAUGAUAUUGACGAGUGCCAGCUGUCCACACCGUUAUGUCUGGCGCCGGCCACCUGUAUCAAUCUGCCCGGUACAUUCCGAUGUAUUUGUCCGGCCAAUAGCACCGGUGUCUCGUGUAAUGGCGACGGACUGUACGCUACUAAUAUCAUAUCAUCGCAACUUCACAUUACAAUGGAUGAAAUCAUUGGUAUCUUCAUUGUGCUGUCCGUGUUGGCCGUCACGGGCUUCAUAUUUGCCAUUUGCAUGAAAUGCAAACACAAGUCACAGACGCACAUCAAUCACAAUAAUCGGGAUCAAAACCAACGAUUACUUAAGAAUGUGGCCAACAAUGACGUUAAUGUCAACUUAAAGCGCUUCUCAAAGAUGAGUAACAUCGAGAUGAGCCAUACGGGCGGAGUCGGCAAAACAUAUCAACAGCAACAACGGCCCACUUCUUGUGCCGAACCGAUGCUCAACAAUUUGGAUCAGUACAUCACACCUCAAGAAGAAUGCGAAACCAAUUUGUGUCCAAACGAUAUUAAUUUGAGGCAAAAUUUUACGAAGAAAAACGCACCGAUUGCUAGCGUUUCGCCACAAAUUGCAGAAUCUAAUCAAAAGUCUUCAGCAAAGCCAGACUCUAAAAAACAAAUCAAAAUACUUAACGACGCCAAGUCACCGACAAGUAAGGCGUCUACAGCUCCGACCAGAGCUUCCUUAUGUGAUUCCGAUUCCAAUGUCUUCACUGAAGAUCAAAUUAGUCAAACUAACUCACAGAACGUCGUCGACGGUUACCAUUGGGACAGUUAUGAUUUGGCCCAAAGUGACGCUAAACAUACGUACGGGGUUUCCGUCAAUGAGAUCCACGACUUAGAGUCAAAUUCAGAUAACAGUCAAAUAGAGCUUUCGUGUAACGGUUCGCACGACAGGCCGUUCACCGACCGGGAUGUGAGCCAAGAGAACUCACCGCUUUUGUCCCGCAAUGAAGACCAUCUGGAGAUACCAUUUGCAGACAAUUCGGAGCCGUCGUCGCCACAGAAAUAUCUUGAUCUCUAUCUACCGAAUCUGUCGGACAACGAGUGGUCAAACAAUAAACGCAAGAAUAUUCUUACCUAUACUGAGACCACUGAUUCAAUCGCUGAGAAUAUCAAUUGCGAAGAAACUUCAAAACUUAACAAAGACUGCAAUAACGGCUGCGAAGAUCUUAUCGAUGACAGCGAAGACGGCGACGACUUCGAUGAAUCCCAUCAACAGUCGACUUAUGUUUAGACCAAACAAUUGAUUUUUUUAACGAUUGACUACUUGAUUGAUAUCAAAAUAUUUAUUAUUAAUAGCUUUUAUUAAUAGUAUUAUUAUA